AUGGAAAACAAUGAAACAUUGAGCUCUCUUGUUAUUUCCACGCUCAACGAGAUUGACGUAAAAAUGGAACUAGGAGAGAUAGACAGGUUAUUGCGUCUCGGAAAAAAAGACGAGAAUAACAAGAAAAUUAGACCAAUUUUACUCACAACUACGAGUACUACGCAACAAAGAAAAGCACAAAUUAUGAAAAACAAAAGAAAAUUAAAGUCUACUGCUUACAUCACCCAUGACCUACCCAAAGAAAUCUUACAAAAAAGAAAAGAAUCCAGGAUUCAGAACAGUAACAAAACAGAAAACGAAAAAAGGAAGAGGGCUGACACACCUAGCCCCAAAAGUCAGAACGCUGCAACUUCAAAGGUGCCUAAAACCACCAAGAACAACAACUUUCAGAAAGAAGCCAACCAAAUUGAUGCAUUCCAAUACAUGCGGGAGAGAUCCUACUCCUUCUCGGAUAAAAACACCUACAGAAAUUAA